AUGGCAACCAGUACCAGUAGUGGAGAUGGGAGUGAGAUAUUUGUGCUCCCUUCAAUCGGCUCGGGUCACCUCUUCCCCUCCAUAGAGCUCUGCCACCUCAUCUCCUCCCCAAAUUGCACAACCACUACCCUCCUCCUCCUCCCCUCCAACCUCCUUCCCUCCCUCCCUCCCUCCUUCCGCCACCGCACCGCUGCCCUCUCUUCGCUCCCCGCCUCCCCGCACCACCACCAGGACCCGGCCCGAGACCAAUUCGCCUCGGAUCUCGAGACCCACAUCUCUACCCGCCGCCCUCUCUGCGCCGUCGUCGAUUUCAAGGUGGGUUGGACCAAACAUAUCUUCUGGAAGUUCCGCGUCCCCGUCGUCAGCUUCUUCACCUUCGGCGCCUCCGCCGCCGCCAUGGAGUGGGGCGCGUGGAAAUCCGACGCCCACAGUAUGAACCCCGGCGAGGCCCGACCCAUUGCCGGCCUGCCGCCGGAGAUGCGCCUGAACUACCUCGACGUCCAGUCCCGCCGUGGCGGUCCAAAGCCCGGCUACCAGCCGCCGUGGGUGCCGAUGAUCGAGGGCUCAGUAGGACUGAUGUUCAACACGUGCGACGAUCUGGAGCGUCCGUUUCUCGAUUACCUAUCCGAUCAAAUCGGGCUCCCGGUUUGGGCUGUGGGCCCGCUAUUGCCCGAACUGUGCUGGACCUCGCGGCCCGGAUCUCUCAUUCUCGAGCGUCAGAUCCGACCUCCAAAGCGCGAAUCUAACUACACGGAUGAUGAGCUGAUCCAGUGGCUGGAUUCCAAGCCACGUGGCUCAGUCCUCUACGUGUCAUUCGGGACCGAAACAUGUCCGACCCCGGACGAGUACCCGGAGCUGGCCGGAGCCUUGGAGGAUUCGACCCACCCGUUUAUCUGGGUCAUCCAACAUGGGCCGGGUGGCGAAGAGAGCUACUUCCCACAUGGCUUGGCCAGCAAGGUUGGGGAUAGAGGGUUGAUCAUAAGGGGGUGGGCCCCACAACUGCUGAUACUGAGCCACCCAGCGGCCGGCGGAUUUUUGUCGCACGGCGGGUGGAACUCGACGGCGGAGGCGGCGGUGCUGGGCGUGCCCGUUUUGGCGUGGCCCGUUAGGGGUGAUCAGAUUUUCAAUGCCAAGCUGGUGGUGAAGCAUCUCCAGAUUGGGGCCAUGGCGUUGCGGGAGGGCUCGGUGGAGGUGGCGAGAAAGGACAUAGCAGAGGGCAUAGAGAGGCUAAUGUGUGACCGAGAAGUUCACCGGAGGGCAAAGGCGGUCCGGGCCAGAUUUGGGUCGGGUUUUCCGGCCAGUUCGGCGGCUGCCCUGGAUGCCUUUAGGGAGUUUAUCCACCAAAAUGCUUAAAUGCGACUUAGUGUGUGUGUGUGUGUGUAUCUCAUCAUCUUCUACUACUCUAUUACUACCACUACCACUGCUACAGUCAUUACCUUUCAUCCAAUGUUGUAAGACAUAAUUAAUAACAACCCAAAGUAAAGUCGUUCUUAUAUUAUGAUAUUUAGAACCAACGACUUGUAAUUUCAUUUUCAUCUCUCAUGGAAACAGCCACCAUCUCAAAGCCCAUUAAUAUUAUCUUCACUCACCCCUCCCACAACCCCACAAUUCUUCCCAAACUACUUCACCUUCCGCCUCCACUCCACUAUGUUCCUUCACUUCUCCUCCACCACAAGGUCGGAGAAGGAACCCUCCCAUCGUCGUCGUUCAAGGCAGAAGUUUCGUGGUGGUGGAGCCAGCCAGCCAGCCAGCCAAAGCGUUUGUUUAAUUAGAAGAGGAAAGCGUGGAUGGAUGUGAUAGUGAUAGGAGAAGAGUUGCCGACAUCCAGUCUCCCUGCAGAAGAAGGUUGAAAAGUAGGAGGAGGUCGGAUUC